AUGCUCCAAUUGAGGUGGCUCGUCCUCUUCCUCUCCGUCUUCUCCUUCGUAUCACUACGUGCUCCUGUGGCCAUUGCAGCUGCCUCCAUCGCGAGAACCAUCGUCGUCAACCUCAAGGGCGGUGGCGAUUUCAAGAGCAUUCAGCAGGCGAUCGACUCCGUUCCUGACAACAACAACAAGUGGACGAAGAUUCACGUCGCUGCUGGCGUCUACAGGGAGAAGGUGAACAUGAAGAGCACCAAGAGUUACAUCGUACUGGAAGGAGAUGGAGCUCAGACGACGUCCAUCGAGUGGGGAGACUACAACGGCGACUCCAGUGGCCAUGACACUAACACCAGUGCAACCUUCACGUCAUAUGCCUCCAACUUUGUUGCUAAGAGGAUAACCUUCAAGAAUACGUACAAUGGAUUCGCCAAACUGACCCCCGCGGUGGCCGCUUGGAUUUUUGGAGACAAGUCUGCCUUCUACUAUUGCAGCUUCAUUGGGUUUCAAGACACUCUCGCUGAUACGCUUGGAAGACACUACUUCAAGGGUUGCUACAUCGAAGGUGUGACCGACUUCAUCUUCGGAUAUAGCCAAUCUAUUUACGAGAUAUCAACAGUUAAAAGCCUUGAGAAGCCAGGAUAUGUGACGGCUCAAGGGCGAAACAGUGCCAGUGACAAUAGUGGCUUCGUGUUCAAGUGGUGCACCAUCUCAGGGCCUCAAGCAACUUACUUGGGGAGGGCAUGGAAACACUACUCGAGGGUGAUAUUUUACCAGACCUUCAUGUCAGCCAUCAUUGUUCCAGAAGGAUGGUAUAUUUGGUUUUCUAAAGGUUACGAGUAA